UGUGAAAAAAUGGCUGCGACCAAGGGAGCGGUGGUGCUGAAGGCAGUGAGGAAAAUUGUGAUACAGUUUUGUCCAUUCGAAUCUAAUGUUCGUUCCACAAGGGAGUUUCUUGCCAGGGUUGGAACAGAAAAAGCCAGAUCUACAAAUAUGAACUGUGAAGUGUCAGCAGUGGUGAAACACGACAGGUCCGAGCCCAUCAUCGACAUCACUUUCGUGGAUGGAGAGCAGUUACUGAUGAAAGGAGCUCAUCUGUCCAGCUCUGAAAUGCUCUCGGCUCUGCAGUCUCGAUGUGAAGCCAAAGACCCCCAGGCCAAAGAGGGGGCAAAGAAAUAGUCCUACAUUGUAUAUUUUGGAUAUAUGGAUGCAUGUAUGAAUGUGUGUACAUAUUUAUGUAAAAUCUUGUGAUUUGUAAUUUGACUCAAUAAA